AUGAAAAUAUUUUUCAGACGGGAAGGAAAAGCGCGUGUUUUAGGAUGUGACAUCGACCUGCACCCGGCAGCUUCAUUUGUCUUGUCGGCAUUGGAUUUUCUUCUAAAACGAGCACUAAAAUACUAUGUUGAAAGCGCCAAAGCUAAGAUUGCGGUUCCCGCAAACGCAGGGAUCAAUCAACCGGAUAUUCAACUCCUUGAAAGUCUUUUUGUUGCCAUGGUUCAGGGCCAGCUCUAUGAAGAUACUCCU